AUGAAGAAAAUACUCAGAACGCCGGUCAAAAUGAUGGAUCAACACGAGGCGGUGCGUGACAGCGCGAAGCAGGGCCGUGUGACCAUCCAAUUCAUUCUUGGAAAGGCAACUCAUCUCUACCCCGACCAACCUUGUCUCUACGCUAUGGACGACGAACGCAGCACGCAAACGCAACAGUACACGACCUUACACGACGUUCCCGCUGCCAAAGUAAUCUCCGCCUCCCAAUUCGCUACAUUACAUACCGCCCAUCUCCUUGCCCACCCACCCGACGGAGUGCUCUUCCCAUUCCUCCAUGGCUUGGAGGGCGAUAACCACGCUCAGAACACAUUCUUUGCGGCUACGGCGCCGAAAGGACCGCCAAAGUUCCGUGGCCUAGUGUGGGUUGUCGCUGAGGAGGAAAUGGAGCUUGAGGGGGCGAAUAUGGUUGACGACGGUGAAGGGUAUAGCGACGACGGGUUCAGUGACGAGGAGUCUGAAGAAGACGAGCUAAUCGACAUGGACAUUGACUCUUCUGUCCAAAUAGUCGAUGGCGACCACCCACCAGUGCAAACACUGGAGGAGGUCCCUGCCACAAAUGACGACAAUGCCAAACACAUGCAUCCCGUUCACCAUCGAGGUGACCCCCUUGGGAACUCCACGAGCGAGCCUCCUAUGGAAAUUGCUUUACCUCCUCCGACCUCCCUUAUUCCACCACCGAUGACUCCUUCAACCGACUCGUCUACUCCUUCUCAAUACUCAGCCCAUUCACCACCUUCCUCAAUAGAAGAUAGUGGCAUCGACCCUCUCAACCCACCCUUCCUCACAUGCACCUUCCAUCCCAGAGAACUAAUUCGACCUGUCGAGCGUCCUCCGUUAACCCACAGUACCCCGCUAGCUGCAGUUAAGAACGCUAGUGCUAAUCCUAAUACCAACGGAGCUGCCGAAGAAACCGAGGAGUGGGAGUUCCGUCCUGCUCGUGUGCCAGACGGGAUCUCAUUACGGAACUUUGGGAUCCAGGUCCCAAUCUAUGCCACACUAUCCGACAUUGUCGUCUACUCGCCCAAAGGCCUGUCGGGCUCGCGCAUGUUGGUGCCCCUCGCCAAGCGCUUUGCCACUGCGAUUCAACGCAAACGUGCGGAGAGACUUCGCAAACUUGGACUAAACGGCGACGAAGACGAAGCUCCGUUGGAGUAUAAUGUCUAUGUCCUCGAUGCCGACUCGAGAGAGCUCAAGAAGGAGGUUCCCGAGCUAAUGAUGCGGGUUUUCGAAAGCAGCGAGGCCAAGACACGGUCAAGAUUACUAGACGGCAUGCAAAUCGAUUCUUCUUCUGGCGAGCCAGACGCCCCUGUUGCUGUUCCGCUUCGAGCACAUACAAGAGCCGAGACGGCGCCCAACACUGUUGAUUUUGGGCAACGGGAGAGAGACGAAAUGAGGGAGUUGACGAAAGCUAGCGAGAUCUUGACGGUCCGGCGACGAUCAAGAACUAGAGCUGCAACCUCUGGAUCUGAUUCUGAUGACGAAGAAGACUUGUCGACAACAACAACCGCAAGCCAUUGGCGACCGACUUUGGGACAAGUUUUUCUAGGAAAUUCGGGAGAUGUUCCAUUGAGUCUACCUCUCCAGGCACAUCCGAGCGACCAAGUUCCUGAUCCACAAGAUCCUUUCAACUAUCUUCCCACCAACCCCCCUGCCGCGGGAAUGGGCUAUGAUAUUUGUGUCGAGUGUCACGAGAUGGCUCCGUUCCCUAGUGUGGCUCACUUACGCGCUGCGGAGGAGCAUAUCGGGAUGCUAGAGAGCAUGUGGGCAGAAAAAAUGCGCUUGGAGGGCGACAUCAAACGCGUUCGACCACCACCCAAUGCCAACACUGUCAUUCAUCUCCCUUUCCCGAGCAGUCCACCCAAUACCACCCAGUCGAUGAACGCCAUGUUACCAGUCCUUGCCUUCCUCGAGAAAUGCUUGCGCCCUCUCGAAGAGCCCGAGUCACACGCUAACGGUGUUCCCAACGGCAACUCGCAUGGAAGACGAUGGAGUACAUCCCCAGCCCCACCCUCGAGCACAUUUUUCUCGUCCGCCCCAUCACCCAUCCCUUCUCCCCCUCCCGGCGCUACUCCCAGAACGAGAAGUUUGACUAGUCCCACACCACAACCUCCCACUCUACCUGCCCCCCGAUCGCGGCCGCUGAAAGUUCUCGUAUACUCAUCUGACGGGUACACAGAGUCUUCACCGUUGGCCUUGUCGUUGAUCAUGGCUUCGAAACAUCUCUCGUUGCCGGAGGCGUACCUGGAGCUCCAAGUUACGAAGAGAAGAAGUUUCUUUGUGUAUCCUGGAGAGGUGGGCAUGCUGCGCAAAGUGGAGGCACGGAUGAAGAGCGGAGAGCGGGAGAAGGAGCAGUUUGAGCCGCAUGUUGCCGCUAAUGGGAUCAUGAGGAGAGCCAGCACGGCUGCUGAGAGUAGAAAUGCUCCUGCCAUCAUUGCGCCGACACCGAAAUCACCCAGUCCGCAGCCAAAUGGACGACCACCAGCAAAAAGCGUCUCGUUUGCCGCCAUGCCCGUUUCCGCGUCGGUUCCGAAUACACUUUCGCAUCCCCCAACAUCUCAGCCGCGCUCUGGACGACCACGAGCUAGAACAAGUCCGUGGUUACCCAGUUUUGGCGACCACCAGUCGUGGUUUAACGAUCCCCGAUUCGACGGCAGCUUCCCCAGUCGCGUCUUGCCGUUUUUAUAUCUUGGUAACCUAAAUCACGCUACCAACGCUUAUAUGCUGCAUGCUUUGGGCAUCACACAUGUCGUCUCGGUCGGCGAAUGCGCGCUUAUUCCUCCGCCCGGUCACUGCAACGCGCCCACUGCUGACAUGUGCGAUUCUGGGUCGUGUCGGGCUCACAACGGGCAUUUCAUAGCUGGGAAAGGGCCAGGCAACCAGGGCUCAUUGUGGAUGGAAGAACGGGCGGGCCGCAUCAAGGUGUUGGAUAUCAAGGGCGUUUGCGACGACGGUAUCGACACACUUGAGCCUCAGCUCGCGCCGAUUUGCGACUGGAUCGAGAAGGCCCGCCUGGAAGGGGGCCAGGUUCUGGUGCACUGCCGCGUUGGCGUGUCGAGAAGCGCUACGGUGACGAUCGCCUAUGUCAUGAAGCAUCUGGAGCUGCCGCUCGUUGACGCCUACCUGAUUGUGCGCAGUCGGCGGCUGAGCGUGCUUAUCCAGCCGAAUAUGCGCUUGAUGUGGAAUUUGUGUGGGUGGGAAGUCGAGUUGGCGAAGGAACGCGCAAGGAGAGCUGGCGCUGCUGCCGAUGCCGAUGGGGACGCUGAGCAAAAGAGACUGCGGAAGGAGCUGGCGAGGACGUUGACUUGGCCGUUCCUUGCGAAAGAGGUACACGCGCUGAACGAGAAGUACUUGCAUUGA